UUUUUUAAUUACCGUGGAUAAUCAAUCUUAUAAUUAAGGAGGAGAUCGAGGGAGAACGAUCAGUUGCAAUUUGCUGCUGUCCUCCGCCGGUUUGUAAAUUAGAUUGAAGAAGCUACAUCGAUCUUUGUAGGCAAGGAUAGCUCCCAUGCUUUCUGGGGUCAUGGAACGCUCCUCUGCGUCAUGCUCUGGCUCUCGCUUCGACACAGCCAGGAGUGACGAAGACGGUGCUGAUAUUCCAAACAUCCAAAUUUCACUUGUGAGAUCGAUUAACAGGAGUGACGAAGAGUGCGCCGAUAUGAUCAACUGGGAUGAGCUCGGCUUUGCCUCUGUACAGACUGAUUUUAUAUACGUAAUGAAAUGUUCUCUGGAUCAAAAAUUCUCAACAGGGGCUCUCAACAGAUACGGAAACAUUGAGCUGAGUCCUUCGUCGGGCGUUCUUAAUUAUGGCCAGGGUCUAUUUGAAGGUCUGAAAGCAUACAGGAAUACAGAAGGCGAUGGCAUUUUGCUCUUCAGGCCAGAAGAGAAUGCACUUCGCAUGCAAGUCGGCGCGGAGAGGAUGUGCAUGCCAUCUCCAUCUGUCGAACAAUUCAUUCAUGCUGUCAAACAGACCGUGCUGGCUAACAAAAGAUGGGUGCCUCCUCAAGGAAAAGGAUCUCUCUAUAUCAGGCCAUUGCUGAUGGGGAGCGGAGCAGUUCUUGGUUUGGCUCCAGCACCAGAAUACACGUUCCUAGUCUUCGUUUCACCUGUGGGCACUUAUUUUAAGGAGUCGAUACAUCUGGUCGUAAAGGAUGAAGUUCAUCGUGCCUUUCCUGGCGGAACAGGCGGAGUCAAGGCAAUCAGCAAUUAUGCCCCGGUUUUCAAGGCACAGAAACAAGCAAAGAGUGAAGGAUUCACAGAUGUUAUAUAUCUUGAUUCUGUUCAGCACAAGUAUUUGGAGGAGGCCUCUGCAUGCAAUUUAUUUGUCGUAAAGGGGAAUGUCAUCUCGACGCCAAUAACGAUGGGAACCAUUUUACCAGGGAUCACGCGCAAGAGCGUCAUUGAGAUUGCACGAGAUCAUGAGUAUCAGGUUGAGGAAAGGCUCGUUGCUCUAGAGGAACUGUUUGAUGCUGAUGAAGUAUUUUGCACAGGAACUGCUAUCGUUGUUGCUUCUGUAGACAGCAUCACUUAUCAAGGCCAGAGGAUUCAAUUCAAAACAGGAGACAACAGUGUGAGCCAGCAGCUGUACAAAGUCCUUACGUCGAUUCAGAUGGGCCUGGCAAAGGACGACAAAAAUUGGACAGUGGAAGUUUGAUCAAUAUAUCGAAACCCAAAUCACAUAUAGCUGUGACGUUGUGAUCCCCUCUCCAUAUUAGUGCUCUUGAUAUAUUAUGAUUGGAAAUGAAGUUCGACGAAUAAAAUAAAAAAAAUUAAAUAAAUCUCUAUUUCUUCUAAAUCUAUUUCAGUACUUGUUGCAAAGGAAGCAUCAUCGAUCCUUUGCUUACGAUUUUUUUAAAAAUAUAUAUUCAUAAAUUAAAGAAA